AUGAACAAAAAACAACAGGAAAUCAAGAAAACGAAAGACAACGUGAAAUUGACAAAACAUCAGCGCCUAACAAAUUGUUGGAAUAAAGUUGUGAAAACUGUCUGCUUGGUUGUGGACUGGUUGGAGCAACCAUCGCAUCAAAAGCAUGCAACCGACCAAACCGAUAGCAUUGACUCAACAAUGCGAGACACCGCGUCAAGUACACCAGAUACUACCAAUAAAUCAGAGGACGAGAUGGUGUUAAGAGGCUUGUACCAUAUCAUAGUUCUUGGCUCCCAAACUUUGACCAUUAAGUUGCUAGGAGUCAUAUCGGAUAACUUAGAUAUUCCGGGAAAUCUGUAUAGCGAAACGCGAAUAUGCUGA